UGGCAUUGUAUGUCCACAGCAGCCGGGAUAUGCGGAAGGUCGGUGUGAAUAUAUAGAUCUUCUGCGGUGUCCUGUCGAGUCGUAAGUGCAGAGAGUUUCGUACUGCGAGAUCGACAGCUAGUUUGGAGCGAAAGAGACUGUACCGUACACGAGACAAGUCUCAUUCUUCUUCGCCCGGAGUUUUUGUUUGAUAUUACACGUCGUAUUGGGCACCUCGGGGCACGGAGGAUUUUGCCCGCGGCUGAAAAUACAAACCCAAACGUUUCUAUAGCUCCGGCGAAUUCAAGCGGUCGCCGAUUCUCUCCACCGCUUUUGAAAGAGUCAAGGAAAAGCUUUGCUGUGCAAAAUUCCCUUCAAGAACCAACUGUACACGAACGGAGAAGGAUACGUUUUCGUCUGGAACUCUGUGGUGUGUGCAUUUUCAUCGGACAGCGAGAAGUUUUACUGAUUGCUGUGACACAGGUAACCAUGACAACCCGGGCAGCUAAGAGACCCCGUUGCCAUGGCAGUGGACCGGCAGUUUGUGCCCAUCCCAAAAGAACAAGAAGAUCACUACAAACAGCUGAAGAAACCAGCAGGCAGACCCGACCCUAUCUCCAGGAGAGUGUCCCGACCGAAGUUCUAGUUCACAUCUUCUCGUUCCUUCGCGAACGAGAGCUCGCCAGAGUCGCCCGCGUCUGCCGCAGGUUCAGAGAGAUCGGAGAACUGCAGUCGUUAUGGAGAAACCUGUUUCACCGAGUCUUUGAACUAGAGGCGGCGUACGUCCGCCCGUCAUCGUCCGACCAGAAGACUCCGCCCACUUCUGAACUCAACUGGAAGGAGCAGUUUGCCCUCAUGCACGGAUGUCUUCACGUCUACCCAAAGAUGGCAUCCCUCCCCCUCUCUCAUCCCCUCAGGUCUGAGGCUCCUUACAGCCAGUAUUUCUCAACCAUAUCUGAAGCUGUCCAGUCGUCCAGUGAAGGUGACAGGAUAGUGGUUCAUCCUGGUGUCUAUAACGAGACUGUGGCACUGGACAAACCGGUUCAGCUUAUUGGAGCCGGUCCGGAGAAGGUGUUAUUAGUAAAUUCAUCGCUGACAGUGGUGGAUGUGAAGCCAUCUGCUGGCGAUGCUACCAUCGCUAACAUGGAGAUCAAGUUUGAUGCGCCGGAGGACAACCCCAGUCUGCGGCAGUACUGUAUCCAGGUACCAGGCGGAGCCAGUCCAAACGUACACAACUGUCAUUUCACCAACACGUCAUUCUGCGGUGCCUGUGUGUACAUUCACGGUUCAGGCGCUCGGCCACGUGUCACCCACUGCACCAUCGCCAACGCCAACAACGUGGGAGUGUUCGUGGACGACCACGCCCACGGGUAUUUCGAGCACAACAACAUCCACGGGAACAAGCUGGCAGGAGUUUGGAUCAAGAACUACGCCUCUCCCGUGUUCAGAGAGAACGAGGUCCACCACGGGAAAGAUGUGGGGUUCUUCGUAUUUCAAGACGGACAGGGGGUACUGGAGUCCAACGAUAUUCAUAGUAACAGGAUCGCAGGAAUCGAGAUCAAAAACGACGCAAAUCCAAUCAUCUACAGAUGCUCCAUUCAUCACGGCUCUACCGGCGGAGUUUACGUUCACGAUAGGGGACGUGGCCAGUUCAUAGAGAACAAGAUAUUUGCCAACACGUAUGCUGGAGUCUGGAUCACCAGCGAAAGUAAUCCGACACUUCGCGACAACGAGAUAUUUGGCGGUCUCCAGGGCGGAGUUUACUUCUUCGGAGGUGGGCGGGGUGUCCUCGAGAACAACAAUAUCCAUAGCAACACGCUAGCCGGAGUCCAAAUAAGGACGGGGAGCGACCCUAUCAUUAGGAAUAAUGAGAUUCAUCACGGUCUCCAUGGCGGCAUCUACGUGCACGAUAGUGGGCGUGGUCUGGUGGAGGUAACGAGAUUCAUUCGAAUGCGUUGGCUGGAGUUUGGAUCACUACUGGAGUCAGCCUGUUCUGAGGCAGAACAGGAUUCAUAGCGGAAAACAGGUUGGGAUCUAUUUCUAUGACAACGGAGGCGGAGUCCUCGAAAGAAACGACAUUUACAAUCAUUCUUUCUCCGGCAUCCAAAUUAGAACUGGUAGCAAUCCCAACAUUCGUCGCAACAAAAUCUUUGGCGGCAAAAACGGCGGAGUUCUAAUCUACAAUUCCGGAGAAGGUGUACUUGAAGAUAACGAUAUCUAUGGCAACGCACUCGCUGGCGUCUGGAUUAAAACAGACAGCAAUCCAACGCUGAGGAGGAACAAGAUUUACAACGGAAAAGAAGGCGGAGUCUGUAUCUUCAAUAGUGGGCGUGGUCUCCUGGAGGAUAACGACAUCUUCAACAAUUCACUCUCAGGUGAGGAAGUCAUGUGAUCUCUGUGUGGGAUCAUGUGACUUUCACAUGAGAAUGUAGUAUAUACAAUAAAACUUAGCUUUCUGCAAUUUCAACCAUCGAGUUGAAGAGAUUACAUCAUAAUUAGUGUGUUAUCAUGUGACUGUCACAUGACUAUCUCCAGGAAUCCUCAUCAGUUCAGGCAGUCAACCAAUCAUGCGGAGGAACAGAGUGUUUGGUAGCCAUGCCGCCGGAAUUGAAGUGACGAAUGGGGGCGGGGGCGAGAUCCAUGAUAACGAGGUAUUUGACAACAGAUUCGAAGGGAUCUGCCUGGCAACUGGAGUCAAGCCAACCGUGUCUGGUAACCGUGUCCAUGGCAACGGGAGAACUCUAAAAGAUGCCCUCUGCUCUGGAAAAUGUCUGUUCUCAAUCUCGGGAGACAACUCGUAUCCGAUGCACGACUUUUAUCGCUGCCUCACAUGCGAGAGCUCCGAGAGUGAUGCAAUCUGCGCCAACUGCGUCAAGAGUUGCCAUAGAGAACACAGAGUUCAGUUUGUCAGACACGACAGGUUUUUCUGUGACUGUGGUGCAGGGGCUCUAGGCUGCGAUUGUCUCCUAACUGGAUACCGUGCUUACUCGUCCCCCAAAAUCAGCCGCAACAUGCAUAACCAUGGAAACGCCUCCCAACCAAACAUCGCCGUUCACCAACAGAGCACCUCGACGUCCUAAACUCCGCCUCCUCUCUCUCUCUCUCUCUCUCUCUCUCUCCUCUCGUCUAUUUAGAGUUAUCGUUGUCAAUUAUACAUCAUUUUCAGGUCACAUUAAUCAUCACUGUCCCAAGUUUAUUGGGACGGGUUAUGUAAUACUUUAUCAUCCCCUCGUGCACAUAUAGGGUCGGUCUGUGAUUUUAAUUUUGAUGAACAGGAAAUACAGGCUCAUCGCAGAUUGUAUGUACGUCUGCUGUUUUUAAUUUGCAUAUAUUUGUGUUUUAUUAUUAUUAUUAUUACUCAUUAUGUUGUUGUAAUCAUCAUUCAAAUUAUUGCCACCAUUGAAAGGUUCUUUUUAGUGUAAUGUUGUUUUGUUACUUUUGUUUUUGUUGUUGUUGUGUUUCUUGUUUAACAUUCAACAUUCUUAAAAACAUUCUUGUUGUAAAGCGUGGUGUUAUGAAAUAGGAUGUAAAUGGAGGCCAUAAU